GGCUUGCCGCUGUGGUGAAGUGGAUUACAGGCAGAUCUGGCAACCCGGCUGACAGUCAAGAUGGCGAGCUCCUUGAUGACAACAUGCCAUGUAGCGUGUUGCGCGAACCGAACCCCGCAUGUCGUCUCCUGGGGCCGCAGAGAUCUGAUCGCCUUUGGCACUUGUAAUUCAGUUGCUCUGUACGAUCCUCAGGAGGUGAAAGUUGUGCAGCUCCUGAAUAAGCACAGUGGAAGAGUCAACACCGUGAGGUGGAUUUACAGAGAGGACUGUGGUCCAGAAACACUGCUGAUAUCUGGAGGAUCCGACAGUAAUAUUAUUGUAUGGGAGGAGCAACAUGGUCAGUUUGCUGCCUCCGCAGUGUGUUCAGGCCACUCAGGACCUGUUUGUUCAGUGGAUGCUGUACCGCUGUCUUCCUCCGACUCGCUGCUCGUCUCUGCUUCAUCAGACUCCACGGUUAAACUGUGGACGUACGGCGGUGAAAAAGCCGAAUGCCUCCAGACGUUAUCUUUCGGGAGCGGCUUCAUGAUGGAUGUCUCCUUAGCGCUGUUGCCAGGCAGCCGAGUGCCCAUCCUAGCGUGCGGUGGAGACGACAGCAAAGUCUAUCUGUAUGUGCAGAUCAAUGGACAGUUUCAGAAAGUUCUCACACUUCAAGGCCAUGAGGAUUGGGCGGGUGUUGAAUGGGCAGCAAAAGAUGAGGAGUUGCUGUUGGCCAGUUGCUCUCAGGACUGUCUGAUCAGAGUGUGGCGGCUGGUGCUAAAAUGCGACACACACUCCGAGGAGGCCGCAGAAGGAAUUAUUAGGAUGAAGGAAGAUGUGUUUGAGGUGAAGGGGAAAAAGUACGCGGUGAGUCUUGAGACUGUGUUAGCUGGCCAUGAGAACUGGGUGUAUGGGAUCCACUGGCAACCUUCAUUUAUGGACGGUAAAUGCAUUACAGGCGGCACAGUGGAACAGCCUCUGAGUCUGCUUUCUGCUUCUAUGGACAAGACUAUGAUCCUCUGGGGGCCGGAGGAGGAGUCAGGGGUGUGGGUGGAGCAGGUGCGUGUCGGAGAGGUGGGAGGAAACACGCUUGGCUUCUUCGGCUGUCAAAUGAGUCCCGACGGCUCCAAGAUUCUUGCUCAUGCCUUCCACGGAGCGCUGCACCUCUGGCAAAAAGACCCGGGCCAGCAGAUUAAAUGGAGUCCUGCGGUGGUGGUGUCUGCUCACUUUAAUUCAGUGCAGGACCUGAGCUGGGAUCCAGAGGGAGAAUUUCUCCUCAGCGUGGGCUCCGACCAGACAACCAGAGUCUUCGCACCAUGGAGGAGGAAAGACUGUUCCCAGGUUACCUGGCACGAGAUCUCCAGGCCUCAGAUCCACGGCUAUGACAUGCAGUGCCUGGCUAUGGUGGGCAGAUUCCAGUUUGUCUCUGGAGCUGACGAAAAAGUGCUGCGUGUGUUUAAGGCUCCGCGAAACUUUGUGGAAAACCUUGCCAACAUCGUCGGCACUUCCAUGGAGAAACUUUUGGCUUCACAUGAUGUUGUAGGUCUACCAGAAGGAGCCAGCACACCAGCACUCGGUCUCUCUAAUAAGGCUGUGUUUCAAGGCGAUUUGACGAUUAAGAGCACCCAAGAGGAGGGGCAGGAUAUCAACAGGGUGUCUGACCAGUACAAGGAGUCUUACUUUCAUCCUCUCAGUUUAACAGAACCCCCUCCUGAGGACCACCUCCUGCAGAACACGUUGUGGCCUGAGGUCCAGAAGCUGUACGGUCACGGAUUUGAGACGUUCUGUCUGGCUUCGGACGCUGCGCAAACUGUGGUCGCCUCAGCAUGUAAGGCUUCUAAAGCGGAGCAUGCUGCUAUCCUUCUAUGGAGCACCUCCACCUGGAAACAGCUACAAGCUCUUCCAUGCCACAGUCUGACUGUUACUCAGAUGGCUUUCUCCCCAGACUCGCGCCUGCUUCUCGCCGUGUCCCGAGACCGAACCUGGUCAUUAUGGAGAUGUGAGGACGCUGGACCCAAAGCUUCAGAGCCCAGAUUCUCGCUUUACACACACACCAGUAAGGACUCGGCAGUGCACACGCGCAUCAUUUGGUCUUGUGACUGGAGCCCGGACAAUAAGUACUUCGUGACAGCUAGUCGGGAUAAGAAGGUGAUAAUGUGGGGUCAUCGUGGCUCUGAUGAACCAGUUGGCAUGAACAACAGUGCAGUUACUCCCUGUUCUUCUGUCCUGGAUGUGGGCGAUUCAGCCACCGCUGUAGCUAUCUGCCCUUCCCUUCUCUCAGACCAAAGCUACCUGGUAGCAGUGGGUCUGGAGGGCGGGCAGCUGCUUCUGUAUAAAUGGAGGCCAGCGGACGAUCUGACUUCAGGAUCAGACUGGAGCAGGUGUGCCGAAAGCGAUGUCUCCCAAAGUCACACGCUGGUGGUGAAGAGACUGCGCUGGAGGCCGCGAGUCUGUCAGCAGGAAGAGACCGAAGGCUGGAACCACCAAAGCACCUCUGUACAGUUAGCCAGUGCCGGAGCUGACCACACCGUCAAAAUCUUCAACAUCAACACGCUGGCUCUGUAGCAGUCUCUCAACUAGUGGUCCACCCUGAACCUUCAACAUCUACAUACAUUAGAUCCGGUGUGGACUGAAAUACGGAAGAAGAUAGGAUAUUUGUACGAUUUGUACAUUUCUAAACCCGGAAGGAACGUUGUGCUAUUUAUCUGAAAAACUCCUCUGAUGUUUGUGUUGUAAUAAAGGUUUUUUU